GGCUACGGCUUCAUCAUCGACGACCUGCACGACGAGCUCCAGGCAGACGUGUUCGCCCACUACACCGGCAUCGACCUGCAGCAGGGGUUCCGCUGCCUCGCCAAGGACGAGCGAGUCGAGUACAUCCUGACGACGCACUCGAAGGGAGGGUACCAGGCGCUCUGCAUCACGGGCGAGCACGGUGCCGCGCUCAAGGGCCUCUCUGACCCGCACAACGCCGCCAUCGUGCGCGAGAUGGCUGCCGAGACGAACGCCAAGCGCGCCUCGAUGCACCCGGGCGCCCAGGAGCUCCUCGCCAUCGCCGGCGUGCGCUCGAACGGCGACGGUGGCGCGGCGAGCGCCGUCAGGGUCAAAAUGUCGCUCGGCGGCGGCAGGAUCGGCAACGGCUACGCGCCCGUGCUCGACUGCCACACGGCGCACAUUGCGUGCAAGUUUGACACGCUCCUCGAGAAGAUCGACCGCCGCUCGGGCAAGUCGGUCGAGGACCUCCCCAAGUUCAUCAAGUCGGGCGACGCCGCGAUUGUCAAGAUGAUCCCGUCGAAGCCGAUGUGCGUCGAGUCGUUCGCCGAGUACCCGCAUCUCGGCCGUUUCGCCGUCCGCGACAUGCGCCAGACGGUUGCCGUCGGUGUCAUCAAGGCCGUCGAGAAGACGGACGGCAAGGGUGGCAAGGUCACCAAGGCGGCCGUCAAGGCUGGUGGCAAGAAGUAA